AUGGAAGGUCCAAAGAAGCGACGUCCGUUCAGUGGUGAUGGUAAUGAUGAAGCUGAAAUAUUUUGGUCUGAUAGUAAGAAACACAAGAAGAACAACGGCGAUGGGUUUAGCGACGAUGAGACGAUGAGAAUGCAUGAUAAUCAUUGUGAUGGCCGUACGCCAAAUGCUCGCUUCUGGGAAAAGGUAGUUUCAAUGGCGGGCGAAGGCCCCUCUUUCUCGAAGUCGGCAAAGCCAGCAAAACCGACUCUCCCGGAACCGUUGGAGGUAUUCAGCGUAGAUUAUCAGUUGUUCGUUUUAGUUAGUGAGGUGUACAGGAAUACUGAUUUGUUUGGUCAGGUAUUCAGUUCAGGGCGAGGGGGAGAUGAGUCUCCAAUAUCAGGGCUAAAUUUGUUAGCAGAAGAGGUUGAAAAGGGGACACGGAGUGACAAUGUCUAUAAAGAUCCACAGGAGAACACUUGUAGGAUGCUUACCGUUUGGUCUCAUCCUGAAUCUUACGUCCUUCCGCCGGAGGAACAAGGUGGUAAAGCGUCACCGACAAAUUCUGAAGAUUACAAGACACCGCCAGAGGAUGAUCCGAUGACUGAAUGUCGCACACCAGACGUUAGGAAUUCGAAGCUGAGUCGAUAUCUGACUAGGUCAUUAAAAAAAGCAGAGAUAGAAGGGAAAUGUAUUCCAAUAAGCUCAACCAAAAAAAAUGACCUCCAGAUGAAGCGUAUUCCGAGACGUUCAACAAAGAUUGGAGGAGUGUACACCCCAGACAAGAGAUUGAAGAAGCUUUUCCAAAGCUGCAAGAAACCCAAAUAUACGCCCUUAGCAGACUUGGAGAAAGCGCAGUUUCAAGAGUUUCAGUCAAUUCUCCGCGAGAAACCGGCACAGGAAUUCGAAAUUGUUAUUGGGAUCCAUGUCUCAAAUAAGUUCUUCCUGUCGUUGGCGCGGCCAACAAAUUGGGUCAGUACCGAGCACAUUUCUGUGCUAAUUAGUAUGCUAGUAAGGCGACAUGGACGCAAUUAUCUGAGUCGGAGGUGCAGAUUUGUAGACUACUUCAGUAUUGCGGGCAUCAUAUCAAAGUUCGCAGAGUUCGAGAAGGCCUCAGAUAAAUUGGGAUUCAACUGGGGAGGGCUUGUCAGUUUCAGUUUCACCGGAAAAACGCCGCGUCGGAAUGACAAGAAGGUGUUGUUGGUUGAUGUGGACAGGGUGUACGCCCCAAUGAUGUGGGGAAAAGAUCAUUGGGUUGGUCUUGUGAUCAACUUGACAUGCAGACAAGUGGAGAUUUUGGACUGCAACAUUCCCCUUAAUGAGUCCGAUAAUGAGGUGAACAAGCACAUGGCUUAUCUUCUACGCGCAUUGCCUCAUGUCUUAGCUGCGUUUUCGCCUCCUUCCGAUAGUAGUCAUCCUGAAGAAGACCAAGCAUUUUCAUGGGUGCGUCCAGACAAUAUUUACUUCAACGAAAGGUCUGGCGACUGUGGACCAUGCGCGGUCAAAUUUCUGGAAAUGCAUGCAGCGGGAUACUCCUAUGAGGAUAUGGGGCAGAUCGAUGACAAAAAGGUGGACAUAUUCCGUCAGAAAUACGCGAUGGAUACCUAUGAAGAAUUUAUUGGAAACGCAAAAGUUCAAAACGAUGGUUGAAGACGUGUAUACUGCCUGCUUCAUUUCGUUUGUUAAACCGAAUUGUUAACGGUUAUUGUAUCUUUUCAUUCAUCCAGACACUAUAAUUCAAACAGAUCAGUUUAUCUUUGAAGGUUUUAUAUCGUAUUUCUUAUAUAUUUAGGGUUUAGGGUUUAGGGUUUAGGGUUUAGGGUUUAGGGUUUAGGGUUGCAUGUUUAGGGUUUAGGGUUAUUAGAGUAUAAUAUCCAUGCAAGAUCUCACCAUAGUGUGUUAGUUAUUUGUUUCAAAGGAAAACAAUUUCAGAAGUAGUUGGUGUUUUUACUGUUUCAUUUAAUAAGUAUUAGUGUAAAAUUUAAAAAUUGAUUGCAAUAACUAUUUCUCUGAGUGUGUUAGGUACAAAAUGUGGGAGGGGACAAUAACUUUCCUAGUAACUCAUAAGACUCCUUUGUUUAUUUCUUUAUUCUAUAUAUACAUAUUCAAUGCUUCUGAUAAACAUCUCCAACAGAACUCAAUAGUAUGGCAUCUCUAAACAUCCCCAAUCUUCCAGAAGAAAUUUUGUGUAAAAUAAUAGAGAUGGUGGGAGCGGAUUCAUUCUACUAUCUUGGUGGUAUUUUGCGGGCUGGGAAACGCGGUUAUGCACUUGUCCACGAACCCUCCGUCUUAAGGAAGUGUAAUGUUCAGCCAAUGGUCACCUUUGCAACAUGUCAAAUCUGCACUGGUGGUCAGUUUCGAGAGUUUUUCAUCAAGUGCGUAACAGCUGGCAACACAAACGCUAUCUACUAUGAAGGGCUCUAUGCAGCACUGAUCGUAGGUCCUGAGAAAUGUAUUAGAAUAUUGCAACCAAAUGUCCCAAAUCAUGAUUUAUCAACUUUAG